UGUAGUUCCAGUAUGUAGCGGUAAUUACAUCUAGGCCAUUAAUGGCUUUUUCCUACUUCAUUGAACGCCCCUCAUAAACGUGAUGUGGUAUGUGAAUACAAACAUGCUGAGUGACAAUUUGGCAAGUUCCGUCGACUUCCAUUUGGAACCUCAUGUAACUAAAUGUAUGUUCAGAGUUAACUGAAGCAGCAUCACGAAAACCGAUACACCAAAUACUGGUGACACUCCGUUGGGAAUAGAAGCAUACGGUCAAACAAAGAGGAUCUCCAAAUACUGGUAAUCUUCAGUUGAGAGCAGAUGCAUACGGUCAAAGAGGGUCUCCAAAUACUGGUGACAUUCAGUUGACAACACACAAUCGGUCAAAGAGGGUCUGGCUUCCAGUGACAGAACAUUCUAUAUCCGAUACCCAAUAUGUCAACCUCUGUGACGGUUUUCAAAAAUACCGUUGGAACAUCCAGUGAUGCAGAUGAUGUACAGGAAACAUUGUCUAGUAUCCAGAGACUGAUGGCAUUGUCUGGAUUAUCGUGGGACUACAAGCACUCAAAGACAGAACAACGGUGCACCCCAUCCGCGGUAGCUAGCGGCAUAUAUUCAAGUUUGGUGUGCAUAGUUUUCAUUCUAAUGUUUGUCCAGGAAUUUCCUUUGUAUGCCAAAGCUGAUUCUCUUACCGACACAACUAUUGCAAUAUUGAGUCACACUGUAUUUGUGUUAUCACUGAUCUACUGGGGUCUCAGUACCAACAUCCACAGCAAGAUACGCAUAUUCUGCCAACGUCUUCGUGAAGCACGAUUGAAAUUUAAAAGUUCUGUUUCAAACAGUUUACUGAGGAAGAGGAUAAAGAGGACAUGUUUGUGUAUACAAGUCUUUGCAGCUUUGAGCUUUGUAGCGAGUGGACUUGCUGCAUUCAUGACAAAUGAACAAUCCCAAAAACUAUAUUGGUCUUUAUUUGUCUGCAGUGCGGUAUAUGGUGGCUGUAACACUCUGCUAAACCUCUCACUUUUGCUUCUGGUUUUGUCAAUCUCCCUUCUUCUCACAUAUGAAUAUGACGUUUGCACGCUGAGGCUGGUACAAGCAUCUGGAGGAUGCGUCAAAGAAGAGGAGAUUGAGGACAUUCGAGAUUACCACGCAUUGUUGACAGACCUAGUGGAUUAUGUGUGUUCCUUCAUAUCCAUACACGUGGCUGCUGCCUAUCUCAGUUCGUUCCUUAUUAUAUGUUUCUGCCUCUACGUUAUCAUCAAUGACGGGUCAUCGAUCCAGUUCAUAAGCUUUACAGCAUAUGCUGUUUUCGUUGCCACUCUCAAUCUCAUCACUCUCACCUAUCUUGGCAUCAGACUGCACGGAGCGGCUCACCGACCUCUCAUUAUCCUUCAUGGCUUGGCUGGGAGAAAGAUGUCAGACAGAGUGCUGGGACUGUUGCAUUUUUUGGAAGCUGGUAUGAGAAAGAGGAACACUUUUGAUAGACAGACAACAUUGUCUGUCCAUAAAAUGUGCUCUUUGUCAUACAUUUCCUAUUUUGGGUAA